CACCACCUCAAUUUAGCCGGCCUCCUCACGAGACAACGACACUAAGCAUGGUUUUGUUAUCUGUCACUCGCAAUCCUUAUGUUUCCCCCGCCCUCAGGGCCGCAAGGCGUUCCUCUGGCCAUUGUCUAGUGCCGUGUAGAGCGAUUCGAAGUUGGAGACGAGGCAGCGCGCAACGGGAGCUACCCUUUACGCUAGGGCCGAAUUCAGCCCCAGAUGGCGACAAUGGAUGACAAAGACACUGAACUGAAGCAACUCUGGGAGGAAGCAGUGGCAGAGUAUGCAAGUCGAUCGAAGAGGGGGACCAUAUCGGAGAAGUGGAAAACGUCGGUCAAAACUGACUUCGACCUCGAUAAGCUCAUUGAGCAGCAUGAGUCGGACUUUUCACGAUUUCGAAACUCCCGUGGAAAGUUUUGGGGCCUGUUCAUGUCGACGAUGAGACAGCUACAGAAACUCGGCAGAGUUGCGCAGGCCGCCAUCGACCUGACGCCCUUUGCGCCUGCAUCCGUCAUUGUCGAGGCAGGUCUCUUCCUCAUCAAUUCGGCUUCAGCAGUCGCCGAUACGUACGAUUCGCUGGAAGGCUUGUUCAAAAGGAUCCGAGACAUCACUGACCGCCUAGACGAGUAUCUCACAGGGAACAUCGACCGCAAGCUUCGGAAGGUGGUAAUCAAGCUGCUCUGCUCACUUCUCGACGUGUUCUGCGAGGCCGAAGCAGCCAUCGGGCGGGGCCGAGGGAAGGAGAUGAUGCGGCGUGUCGUUGGCAAAGCAAACAAAAUUCAGACGGCACUAGACCAGCUCGACGAAAUGGUGCGAGCAGAAGUCGCCCUCGUCACGGCCAAGACUUAUGCUACAACGCAACGCAUAGAUGAGAGGGCAGAGGCUGACAGGGACCGAGAGCUACUUCGAGAAACCUUGUGCGCGGACGUUGCUCGGGACAAUGAAGCAUUCGGCAAGGACGUUGAGAGCUCGAGGCUCAAACAAUCGGGCUACUGGCUCCUGAAAGAGAAGCUCUACGACAAGUGGGUUCGCAUGGAAUUCCCAGUCUUGUCGAUUCUGGGGAAGCCGGGGACGGGGAAGACGUAUCUAGCGUCUCGAGUCAUCUCACACCUACAACAAAGCGAUGGCAUCGCAACCUACUUUUACAUCAGAGAAGGCAUGAACACCCACCACACCCCCGAAGUCAUCCUGAAAACAAUUGCCUACCAAAUUACAAGGCUUGAUGACGCCUACCACAAGCUAGCUGUUGCAAUCUGUAGAAGCGACAAGAGCCUUCUGAGUCAAGAUUCGAUAUGGAAAAGUCUACUUCUCAAACCAUUUGAAGUUGACACGUCCAGGCCUCUCUUCAUCGUCAUCGACGGGGUUGAUGAGGCCACGCCAAGAAACCAGGAGCUACUUGUCAAAAUGGCCAGAAACCUGUCCGACUUGCGGUCUAGUAAUAGAAGCAACCUUCCUGCCAUUCAAUUACUGUUGCUGGGGCGGCCCGACCUCGACUACAACAUCUCGAAUGCGUGGAGGGGAGAGGGUAGUCGACCGAAGAUCAUACACGUGGAACCUUCACUGUCCAAGGCUGACAUCGAGAUAUUUAUCAAGAAAGCAGUCAAGGAGGAUAUUCCCCUCUUGCACAGAAUGCCACAGGGCCGGGCCAACCGGCUUAGAAUCCAUAUUAUCAAGAGUCUCGGCGACAGCGCCGAUGGCAUGUUUAUGCUCGCCAAGCUCAUGGUUGCAGAAAUCAAGGAUAUGAACAAGCCGGAGUUGAUCAGAGAAGCCCUUGCCAAGCCUCCUCAAGGUCUCGAUGAUAUGUUCAAGCGUGUGAUCACAAGGCUGACAGUGAUGGGGGGGUUUGACAAAAAGGAUCUCAACGAGUUGAUCAUGUGGGUUGCCUGUGCUAAACGCGAUUUGCUCCUCGGCGAGCUCGAUCUUGUUCUGAAGUUGAGAGACCUUCGGCAAAAUGGUAUCGUGGGGCUAGAAGACGAGCUGAAGAUGAGAUUCGGCUCCUUCUUCAGCCUGAGCUACCCUGAGGCCGAUCCCAGUGAUCAGCAAGACGAUGCUUCAGUCACGGGCGAUCAAUCGGCGCCAUCUGUAUCGGGCCAGAGUAAAGAGCUGGAGGCGGAGGUCGAUGCAGCCUCAGAUCCCUGGAGCGAAAUCGGCAAUGACGCCAAUAACAGCGAGGCUGAGGACAACGACGACGACGACGACGACGAUGAUGACGCCAUAGCACCGCCAAGGUUCUUCGAGGCAACUGUCAAGUUCGGUCAUGCAAGUAUCGGUCAGCAUUUUCGUAGCGCUCCCUUGCAUGAGGGAAUCGGAAUGGACCUCAACCUCGCGCAGGCACACAUUGCGAUGACCUGCCUACUUUUCCUCACCGGCAACAUUCAAACAAGAAAGGGAAGACCAUGGCGCAAACCUGAUCUCUUCAAAUACUCCGCAAACCACUUCUUGGACCAUCUUGCCGAAGUCAAGCUGGAAGCGCUCAAGUCUCUCCACCCCGACGUGUUCAAGAAGCUUUCAGAAGAGACUUUGCUCCUGUUCAGGGCCGGGUCUUGCCUUGCUCGGGGAUUUGAAUUCGUUCGGGAUAAGCACAAAUUUAUGUGCCAACUCUUCAGCCAGGACACCUUGUCUCGUCUUCGAGAGUAUCUCCCUGAACCAACAAACAGCAUUGUCGGGAGCAGAACGUCAGACCUUGAAUGGCUGCAAAAAGCGAAAGCAUCGUCGGAAUUUCUGCUUCAACAGUCCGCGCACUCAAUUGCUGAGGCCUGGCUGGUACGAGAUUCGUGUGAUGGAAUUGCAGCCAUACUAUUUCUAGACGGAUUCAGGUCUCUACGCUGUGAUUCGUCCAGGAAGCAAUGGACCCUGGCUCCUAAUCGACCUUUCGAGCACAUAACCGAGAGCAUAUCCCCAGAUGAUAUCCGGCAGUUGGCGUCACUUGUCGGCUUGGAGAGGACGUCGGACUGGCAUUUCGCUCUUGGCAGCACGUUCAGAAGAAUCGACACCCCCCAGCACCUCCUAGCGGCCGCGGAUGAGUUUCGACACGCUAUUCGGAAGAGCCAUGACCCGAAUGACAACUGGAAAUUAUACCUCGAGGAAGCCUCUGCGCUGUUUUAUCUAGAGAAAUAUGACGAAGCAAUAGUUGCAGCGUCGAAUGCCCGGGAGAGCCUUCCCGCCGUCCAAAUCUACAGAAGGGCCGAGCUGUUCCAAAUGAUCUUAGUCGCCAAUUUGCACCUGGGAAACGAGGAAGCUGCCGUCACGGCAGCCGCGCAGUCAUGGUCAGUCGCUCCAGACUCUCCCGACGCAGCAGCAAAUUUGAUCUACAUCUAUAACAAAACAGGUCGCUUCUCUGAAACAGUGAAUAUCGUCAGGUCCUUUUUAAGCCCCGAGAAUACCCAAUGGGGGCCGGAGUUCCUUUGUGAUGUCAUGAAGAUGGAGAGAGCAGUCAUCGUCAGCGAGCUUAUUUCGAUUGCUUGCGCGAAAACGGGGCAGCUGGAUCUUGCCCACGAUGCUUUCACGGCCGCGGCGAGCCAGGCUGCCAAGGCUGGAGAUAGGUCGAGACGGGCCGUGGCAGACGCUGCACUCGCCCAGCUGUGGUUUCGGUUCUAUGGAAGUGAUGAAAAGGCGAUCGAGCUGUGGGAAAAUAUUUUGAAAGAUCACUCCGGCACCCCUGCCGCCUUGAAGGCAUCCUUCGAGCUGGCGCCAUUGUACCUGACGAAGGCGACGGACCCCGAGAGAGUGGACGCAGACUCGUGGGUACUGAGGCUGAAACAGCUCGCGGAGCUCGUGGGGUGCUUGGAGCUGACGAAUCCGGGCGUGAAGACGUUCCCAUAUCCGGAUGAAGCAUCUGCUCUGAUGGGGCGUUGGUACGCACAGCAAGGCGAAAUAGACCUCGCGCGGACAGCGAUCUUACCUCUGGUGAAGCGAAGCAUUCGAGAUCUGACGGACAGAGACAACAGCAAUGAUCACAGGGCAUAUUGGAACCUCGCAAGGGCGCUGACUAGUUUCGGGGAUCGGGCAAACGCUGCGAUUGCCUAUGCGUUCACGAUGCCGCUUCAAAAGUCCAAGAAGCUCCAAGAAUUUGAAGCCAGUUUGGACGCGACCAGGCCUCUCGCUAAUACUGAACCAGACGCGCCGUUCAACUUCCAGAGCUCCUGUGACGGCAGAUGUAGCAGGCUGCCGGUCGACUUCAGGUCUUUUAGCGCAUGCGAGAUAUGCGUCGACAUAGAGUUUUGCGAUGAGUGCCGUCAGAAGCACAUCGAUGGUACUCUUGCGUUCAGAAUUUGCGACCCGCGGCAUCCUCUUUUCGAGAUCUAUCCGCCCAAAGGAUUGGUUACAAAGGGAGCAGAAGGGUACAAGGUCCGGCUCGACGAUGGGGUUGUAGUUAGUGCCGACGACUGGUUGGGCAUGAUAAGUCGGGAAUGGAUAGGGGCAUGACGGGAUCGUAGAGGUCGAGAUAAACCUCGCUUCGUAUCUUACGUAUGCAAGUCCCUGCAGAGACCUUCGGGCGAUUGCUAAUAUGUUGCCGCCCAUACACGAAGCAAUCCC